UGCAGAACCAGGGCUCUCUCUUCCUUCAACAGGAACUGUGGGCUAGUUAUUCAAUAUGAACAUAAAAAGACAACAAUGAUGAAAAAGAAAAUAAGUUGAUUAUAUUUUUAUUUUACUGACGAUGAUGCUCAGUUGAUGGACAUGCUACCACGACGAUGAUGAUGAUGAUGACUUGAAAAAUAGAGGUGAACUGUUAGUAGGCUAAGAAGGAGGAGAUGGACAGAGAGAGAGAGCGAGUGUACAUGAUGAGAGAUUAAGACAGUGGUGUUAUUAUUGGAGCGAGAGAAAGAGAUGCGACAACAGUGUUUGCCCUGUUCACAUUUGACUCAGUUUGACUCUUGCCACUAGAGACGGGCAGAUACAACGAGAGGCAAGAAACUUCAGACAAUCUUCAAAGAUAGACCUCUGAAGGGUGUUCAACCCUCCGUGGGAAAGUGAACAAGACAUUCUGCAAGAGGGGAAAAAAACAGCAGAGAGGAGCUGUGAAUAGAUCGAGAAAGAUAUUCAACGCGGCACCUGCCCUCCAUCUCAGUGUGAAGGGCACGUAAUGGAAGAGUGAGAGGGAGGUACAAGGAAAGAGAAAUAGAGGAGAGAAUGAAGACAACCGGAAAACAAGUAUUUCCUUACAUCAAGCGUCACUCAAACUAGGACAUCUCACCACUGGACAAGAUGAUUACCAGGAAUCUGCUCCUAUUGGUCUCACUGUGUCUGUGGGAGGGGCUUAUGGGAGGAGGAUCAGCCACUAAGAAUGUUAGGAGAAGAGGAGUGGGUGGGACUCACAUGCUGAAGCUAGGGGAGAACAGAGUAGCCGACCAAUGGGAUUCAAGCGUGGAUUCAAACGUGCUGCCCAUGGUGACUCUUAGAAACUUAAUUGGUCAUGAACAGGGGGGUGAUAGUGGCUCUAUCUCUCACACCAAAAUACCCCAGAAUCAUGCAGCCAUGCCAUCUAAUAAGGAGAGGCAGGCUUUUAAACCUAAUCCAGUUCUGGACUUGGAAGAAGAUCCUGUCAAAAAAGGGGAAUCAACUCUGUCUGUGUCACCCAAUAACAGGGAAUCCGUCCAGGAGAAAGAACUUAAAAAGAUCAAGAACAGUACAAAGAAUGCUGGGACUCCCACCAAAACAGGGAGGAUGGAGAAAGUAUUCCUAGUCCACCAUAGACUAGACCUACACUCCAAUAAAACCAGAUUCAAAUCCAUUUCCCGAUCCAGAGUGAGACCAGAUCUGAGCAUUCACACCACAGGGCUGCCAGGCAGAGGACUCACUAUGGAUUCAACCAGAAAAUUAAAUGUGACCGGCAGCUAUGGUGUCCUGAAACGGCUGUCAAAAGAGAACCUGGUGAGGAUUGUGAACUCACAGAUGCAGAGUGUUCCGAGUCUGAAUAAUUUUCAGAGCAAGAGCAGCCGAAGCAGAAAGAUAGAUUUGAUUGAUGUGGAUCGCCCGAUGGAGGCCCUAAAAUUACAGAAGCAAGAUAUGGCUGUUACUCAAAACCACUUCGCAUUGGAUAAUCAAACUGCACUGCCGUAUAUAAACCCUGUCACAAAUCCUGAUUCAAGUCUAGAAAAGGCUGUUCACACUUUAAGUGAAGUCACUCUAGAUUCUGGUGUGGGAAAAGACAACUCUGAGACGAGGGGUGCAGAUAGUACAGGCACUUGGAAGAGCAAACACAUCUCUCACCCUCUGCCAACACCUAUGAAUGAGGUCAGUCUCAACACUGAGAGGGAGGUGACCAUCAGUAAGACUGACCCUCCGGCCACGACCAAGCAUCUCCCCUCAAGCAUCUCUUCUCAGACAAAUGCUGGCCCUCCCUCAGUGUUUACCCUGCAGCUCCAGGGAGAGGGGACUCGGAGUGUGGCAGGGGAUUCCCAUAAGGAGAGUCUUCUUCACACAGCCACACCAGGACUCAAAAUCCUCAGUCCAAGUGCCACUCAAGACCCUGAAGGUGGCGCCACAGAGCCAAUCGACAGCAGCCAUGUCCUCAAACUCCGCCCAGGACCACACUGGGGCAAGGCAGCCAGUGGGGGGAUGACAGUCGAGUCCCAUCCCGGGAAUGGGCGGGGCCUGGUGUUCCAAGAGGCGGAGUCAGAUGAGGAGGAAGAGGGCCGUAGUCAAAUGGAUGGGGAGGGGACUCGGUCACGCAGCAGGAGGAGUUGGAUCUGGAACCAGUUCUUUGUGAUUGAAGAGUACAGCGGGCCUGAACCGGUGCUCAUCGGACGGCUGCACACUGACAUGGACAGAGGUGAUGGGCGCACCAAGUACGUGCUGAGGGGCGAGGGGGCGGGGGCGGUGUUUGUGAUUGACGAGAAGACGGGCAACAUCCACGUCACCAAGCCCCUGGACCGCGAGGAAAAGGACGAGUACCGCCUCAUCGCCACAGCAACCGACCGGCAGACCGACCGGGCCCUGGAGCCCUCAUCCACGUUCAUCAUCAGAGUGCAGGACAUCAACGACAACCCACCUCUGUUUGAGGAAGGGCCCUACAGCGCCACAGUGCCUGAGAUGGCCAACAUAGGUACUUCUAUAAUCCAGGUGACAGCGACAGAUGCUGAUGACCCAACCUAUGGCAACAGUGCCAGGCUGGUGUACACACUUGUGCAGGGACAGCAGUUCUUCUCUGUGGACCCACAGACAGGUAUCCUGCGUACAGCGGUGCCUGAUAUGGACAGGGAAACCCAGGACCGGUACCUGGUUGUUCUGCAGGCCAAGGACAUGGGGGGCCAUCUGGGAGGUCUCUCAGGGACCACCACUGUCACUGUGAGGCUGAGUGAUGUCAACGACAACCCCCCUCGCUUCACACAGAGUAUGUGGUCGUUCUCCGUGUCUGAGCUGGCUGUUCCGGGGGCGGAGGUGGGCCGUAUCUCGGCAACAGAUACUGACCUGGGCGACAAUGCCAAGCUGGAAUAUACCAUCCUGGAGGGAGAGACGGGGGACACCUUUAACAUCAGCGGAACGAACCAAGAGGCUGUGAUCACCCUGAACAAGGCUGUGGACUAUGAGAGUCGUAGCUCCUACUCCUUCUCCGUGGAGGUGUUGAACCCCACGGUGGACCCUCGUUUCCUCCGUCGAGGGCCCUUUAAGGACCGCGCCUCCAUCCGGGUGGCCGUGCUGGACGCAGACGAGCCGCCCCGCUUCUCCCGGGCUCGCUACCGUAUGGAUGUGUCGGAGAACUGCCCUCCCGCCUGCACCGUGGGACGGGUUAGUGCUGUGGACCCUGAUACUGGACUCACCAAUAACAUCAGGUUCUCUAUUGAUCCCCAGUCAGACCCAGAGGCUCUGUUCCGUAUCACCCCGGACAGCGGCCUCAUCACCACGGCCAUGGAGCUGGACCGCGAGCGCGAACAAUGGCACAACAUCACCGUCAUCGCCACGCAGAGAGACAACCCCAGCCAGGUGUCCAGAGUGGUGGUUGCCAUAGAGACGCUGGACCUGAAUGACAACGCGCCCGAGCUGGACAGAAAAUACACAACAGCCAUGUGUGACUCAUCAGCCACCGGACAGGUGGUGCAGGUGUUGCGUGCGAUUGAUAGAGAUGAGGGAGGGAAUGACAGCGCUGUCUAUUUCAGCAUCCCUCCAGAGUCCAGCGUCGCCCUCAACUUCAGCAUCAGGGACAGUGGAGGCCCCACCGCCACCCUGUUGCUCCUGUCGCCCCUGCAGCCCCUCUCCCGCUCCUACUCCUCCUCCCUCACGCUGCACGUCCCCCUGGUACUGAGGGACGGGACAUCUGGCCUGACCUCCACCGGGACGGUCACCGUGUCCGUCUGCCCCUGCCUGAGAGGAGGGGCCCGGGCUGGGGAGAAGGAGAGGCAGGAGAGGCAGACGGAGGGAGACUGGGAGUGGGAGAGAGAGACGGUGUGUGUCCCCCAGCAGUCCACCUCUCCGUCCCCUGGGCUCAGCACCGCCGCCCUGCUGGCCAUCCUGGCCUGUGUUGCCACUCUGCUGGCGGUCAGUGCCCUGUCCCUGUCCCUGCGCCGUCAGAAGCGGGACUCUCUGUCUCCCCUGGAGGAGGACGAUGUGAGGGAGAACAUCAUCACCUAUGACGACGAGGGUGGGGGUGAGGCCGACACAGCCGCCUUCGACAUCGCAGCGCUCCAGAGCGCCCCCCACAGCUCACGCAGGGUAUACCGCACCCUGGACAGCAGGAACAUCCUUGUCACACCCUAUCUUCUGUCCCCCAGACGCUACUCCCAGCACGUCCAGGACAAGGCCCGGGAUUACAGCUGGGCCCAGAACCCAGCCCUGGACCCGGCCUACUCCGGCCCUGGAGGGCCAAUGUACGGCCGCCUCUGCUACAGCAGCCACACCCUUCCUGUUCUCCGACGUACUCCAGGGGGCCAGUUUGAGCCGGGCCUGGCUGAGCUGGCCUACCGCUUCCCUGGGGGCCAGCCGGACCACUCGUUGGUCAUCCAGAAUCAGGGGACAAUGGUGGGGGCCCUGGAGCCAGGGGCUGUGUACAUAGGCCCAGCUGAAAUGAGCAGCAGAGAGAGCAGAGACAGAACAGGCCCACAGAGCGGGGUUAGCACCUCAGAUGAAGGGACACCGCGGACCAAUGACAGCCAGGAGAGAGGCGGAGGGGGAGGAGCUAUGAGCAACUGUACAGAGAACAGCAGUGAGCAGCAGAGCCAUAGUCAGGACUCAGUUGACUGGGUCCAGUCUGAGACCCUCCCCCGGGAGAGGGAGCACAGCCUGGUCCUGACCCGCUCUGGCUCCGUAGUUGGCCAGGGACACGGUGGUGCCUGGGUGUGUGACUCGGCCACCCUGCCAAUGGCGGGCCGCAGAGCCUCCCGUGCAGGCCUCUCCCCCAAACGCACCGGCACCGGCUCAGCUGAAGGAGGUUCCUCUGGUGGUAGAGGUAGAGGCCCUGGGGCAAACAGCCCAGACAGCCAGUCUCAGCAGUCAGCCGCCCGCAACUACACCAGUGUCCUGCAGGGGGAGGCAGUGGGACAGAGGCAGGACUACCCUGGGAGCCUGGGGAGGGGAGGGCUGGAGAUUGGCAGCAACUUUGUGGUGGCCAGGCCGGACAGGGAGGGCGGAAGGAUAUCUCUGACUGGGACUUCUUGCGGGAGGAUGUACCCAGAAGGGUUCAUGGCUGACUGGCGGGACAGGGUGGGUAUUGGGGCAUAUAUUUUAGGAAGGAGGGAUAUGACCCCCCAGAUGCUGCCCUUCCCAGGGCAAGCCAGGGGCGCAUACGGGGGCAUCAUGGGCUACGGGGCAGGGUGGGUCCCAGGGAUGGAGGCAGGGAGAGGGGGUCCAGUACCAGGUGGUCACUCCUUGGCCCUCAGGGUUGGUGAGUUCCUCCGCCUUCGUCUGGCUCAGGUCACCUUUGACCCCUCGCAGCCUCCCUAUGAUUCAGUGCAGGUGUACGGGCUGGAGGGCACAGGGUCGCGUGCAGGCUCCCUCAGCUCGCUGGAGAGUGAGGGAGAGAAGGAUGCAGAGAAGGAAGAGUGGCGAGGAGGACUGGAGGAGUGGGGUCCGCAAUUUCAGGAGCUAGCCAAGCUGUUCCGAGAUAGAGAGAAAGAAAAAAAAGAGGAGAAGGAGAAGGAUGGGGAGGGAGAGGUCGAGAACAACAAAAAAGAGGCUGAAAAAGAGGAGGGGCAGAAAGAGGGGCAGUCUAGAGAUGAGGAGAAAGACAGAGAGGGAGAAGAAAAAAAGCAGAGAGAAUGAGGGAAGGGUGGAAGAAUGAUUAAAAGGCAAGCAGAGUUAGAAUAAUGGGAAGAGAAGUUAAAGGAGAGAGAGAUGAAGAGGGAGAGUAAUAAAAAGAGACAGAUAAAAAUGAGCCCAGGGAAGCAAGGGCAGGGGAGGGAGUGAUUGAUGUAAUUUAAAGCAAUAAGUGGUGAAAGGCUGAUAUGUGUGAGCACAGAUACUGAGACAAUGUGCAUGAUGUUUCUCCACAAAGCAGCAACAAUUUGUUAAGUGGUCUGGGCAAAGAAAAACAACCUAAACAUCCAAGACAGGAUUUUCAUUCAGCUCUACACCUAUAGAAUUAGAAAGAGGAGAGUGAGAUAAUUUGUUUAUUUGUUUGUGUGUGUGCGGGAUGGGGGUGUGUAUGUGAGAGAGAGAGAAAGAGAGAAAUUGGAAACAAAUGAUUUUUGGAUGAUGUGCAAGCAAGACAAUACAUUAAUCAAGUGAGUAUGGAAAACUAGGGUACCAUACAGAGGAGAAAGUGAUAUAAGAUGAACAAGACAGAGGGAAAGAGAAGAAAGACAAAGGAAAGAGAGAGGAAGAGAGAUGAUUGUACAGAAACUGUUGCAUUUAUUCCAUCCGCAGAGGUAGAAAAGUGAAUAAUUCAACUCACUACUUCAUUCCAAAUGAAAACUAUGAAUCAUUUAAAUCCUCGAAAAAGUCGUAUCACCGGAAAAUACACAUUGUGAGAAAAACUAAAUGUAGGGAUACAACAGUGCUGUUGUGUUUACAAACACAGGCUAGACAUUUUUUAACAUUGUUAAGCUUGUUUUUUUUGUGAAGCUUGCAUUCAAUUGCCACACUCUGUUGCACAGAACAAGCUUCCAUUCCCCCUGUAACAAGGGGAUUUAUGGCUGAAUUAAGAGGACAUUGUCAAUCCUGUUACGGUCAACCCUGUUACUUUAUUUGGCACUUAAUAAGCACUUACUAUAGUCAUUUUUUUAUUUAACCU